AAAACAUCUUUUCAUCGGUCCCAGACGCUGGGCUACAAAAAUGGAUAUGCCUUUUGCCGGCUGCCAAAAGUGGAGAUUGGCGAGGACCAGCUCUAUCCCAACCAGCUGUCUCAAGCUGAAUUAGAUGAUUUAUGCACCCAGAAACCCACACUGACCUGCAGGCCAGCCAGGAAGCCUUCACCUUCACCCUUCACUCCAGCAUAUGUGACUUUUGACAAAAAGGUUUUGAAGUUUGAUGCCUAUUUUCAGGAAAAUGAUCCUCUCUUUCCAAGAGCCAAUUACCAGAUCCGCCAAGUGGGUAUCUACUACUACUUGGAAGAUGACAGCAUGUGUGUCAUUGAGCCUGUUGUGCAGAACUCUGGUCUUCUUCAAGGCAAACUUGUCAAACGCCACCGGAUGCCCAAGAACGACCAAGGGGAUUAUUACCACUGGAAGGAUCUGAAUCUGGGCAUGGACAUCACCAUGUAUGGCAGGACAUACCGCAUAGUCAACUGUGACUCCUUCACAAAGGUGUUCCUGGAGAGCCAGGGAAUUGCACUGAACCCUCCAGAGGAAAUGGUUUCGGAUCCUUACACAGAACUGCGUCGGAUGCCUGUGCCCAAGCAUAUCCCACCGUCAGGUCCUGACCCCUUCAGACAGUUUCUGACCUAUGACACAAAGGUCCUACGCUUCUAUGCCAUAUGGGAUGACACCAACAACACCUUUGGUGAUCGGCGGCCUUGCAUCAUCCAUUACUUCUUGGCAGAUGACACAGUAGAGGUUCGGGAAGUCUACAAGAGAAACGAUGGGAGAGACCCAUUCCCAGUACUGAUGAAACGCCAACGCUUGCCCAAAACCUUUGCGGAGAAGAAAAAGAACUUCCCAAGCUGUGUGUUAGAAAUCUCUGAUCAGGAGGUAUUGGAGUGGUAUGCACCUAAAGAUUUUGCUGUUGGGAAAUCUAUCACCCUUCUUGGCCGCACCUUCUUCAUCUAUGAUUGUGAUAAGUUCACUAAAAACUACUAUCAUGACAAAUUUGGCAUCACAGACUUUCAGCCAGUGGAAAUAAAGGAGAAACCACUUGAAAAAAUUCCACAGGUAAUUCCUCCCUACAAUGGUUUUGGCAUCCUUGAAGACUCUCUCCAGAACUGCCUUUCUCUGAUUCCAAAGCCUCCACGGAAAGAUGUAAUUAAGAUGCUGAAGAAUAACCUCAAGAUCCUGCGGUACCGGGUGGCCCUGGAAUCACCGCGCCCUGAGGACAGAAAUCGUCAUUUCAUCCUCUCUUAUUUCCUCUCGGAUGACACGAUCAGCAUCUAUGAACCCCCAGUCAAAAACUCUGGCCUCACAGGAGGCAAAUACUUAAAAAAGACCAGGGUUGCCAAGCCAGGCUCUACUGCAGAGAAUCCCACAUACUAUGGGCCCUCUGACUUCACCAUUGGUUCUACAAUUGAAGUGUUUGGCCACAAGUUUGUUAUCACUGAUGCUGAUGAGUAUGUGCUUAAUUAUAUGGAGAGCAAUGCAGACAGUUUCCCUGCGGCAACACUGCAAUCCCUGAGGGAUCAUUUUCACCCACAGCAGGUGGUAAAGGAGACUGCCAGCAGUGACAUUGGCACCAGCAAGCAGGACCUGGAGGAAUUAAUUGCCCGGGUUCAGAAAGAGCUGAAGCUCCAGAAGUACUUGAACUUUGUGGACAUUCAUAAGGCAUUUCUUCAGUGCGAUGAGGAUGGCUCUGGCACCCUGGACAAAGGAAAAUUUUUGUCCCUUUGUGAGAACUUGAAUGUGCCAACCAGUAACAUUCUUCUUAUGCAGCUGAUGGACCAAUGUGCCUGUGGAGAUGACAAGAUAAACUACCGUGAGUUCCUUCAAGCCUUCCCUCAUGAUGUUUGCCCAGGAGCUGAAGCACAAGACCAGCAAUAA